AUGGAUUUUGAAAAAAUAGCUUAAGAAGUAUUUGAAUACUAGAAUUAAUUGCGAAUUGAUCCUACUAUUGCCAUACCACCUUUAGAAGCAAGAUUGAAAUAUUUCAAAGGCAAUAUCCUACAUAUGCCUGGUUAGAAACCACUUUAAUACAAGGAAGGAGCGGCCUGUGUUUAAGAAUGUAUCGACUUUUUAAAAACUUAACCUCCGUUGCCUCCAUUUCAAUAUGAGAAAGGAUUGGAAUUGUCAUCCAGAGAUCAUGGAAUUGAUUUGGGUAAGAAUGGCACAACUGGUCAUACUGGCACUGACGGAUCCAAUGUUUCAAAGAGAAUUAGUCGAUAUGGAUUGUGGAAACCUGGACCUGCUGGGUAGAAUAUUAGUUAUGGCAAAGUAACAGGAUAGGAAGUCUUGUUGUAACUUAUAGUUGACGAUGGAAAACCUGAUAGAGGACACAGACACAAUGUCUUUGACAAGGAUUACAAAUUAGUAGGUGUGUAUGUCGGUGAACAUAUUAAAUUCAAAUACAUUACUGUUAUGGAUUACUCCAAGAAGUUUGUGAUGAAGGGUCAGAAAAAGUAAACCAAAUAGAAACAGGAGUAAUAAGAAAAUGAAUUGAUUGAUGAAGUUGAAAAAGUCAACUUGGAAGAUCAAGAACAAGAAGAUACGGAUUAAAACGCAUAAAUCAAGGAAGGAAAUGUCUAAGGUGAUGAUUGCAUUGAAGUUGGUGCUGUAGAAUAAACUGACUUUCAAUAAGAACAAUAGUUCUAGUAGAAAGAAGAGGAUUAAUUGGAGUAGUAAGAAGAAUAAUAGGAAUAAUAAGAAUAAUAAGAUUAAGAAGAAACUAAUAACGAUAAAACAACCCAAAGCAAAGUGGUUAAACCUGCUGGGUGUAUCAAAAUAGUUAAGAAAAUAAAAAGUGUUACUCAGAAUGGAGUCAAAAUGAAAUAGAUUACAUAUGUUUUUAAAAUGAAAGAUGGAACUGAAUAAUCAUAAAUUAUAUUAGAAUGA